AUGAAAAGAAAAACAAUUCCAUUAAAACCAGUCUCCAAAGGUAGUGCUGGUAAAGGCAUUAGCGGAAAAGGCUUGAGCCAAUUCACUAAUGCUGAACAAAUCAGAAACCGUUUCUCUGCUUUCGCUAGUGGCAAACGAGCUGGUAAAGAAAGUGGUGAUGCUGGUGGCGAACAUACUUUGGCAAAAGAUAGCCAAUCCCUUGCUGAUUUUGCUAAUAGUGUUGCUAACAUAAGCAAUGAAAAACAAAACCUAACCUUAGCAGUUAAUGAACAAGAAUUUAACAAUAAAAAACAACAAUUAAUUAAUAAACUCCAAGAAUGCAUUAAUAAGUGCGAAACUUCUGAUUAUUAUUCAAAAUUCCAAGCCGACUUAAAUCAGUUACGAGGAAUUGAACCUAAACACCAAAAAGAAGUAUUGCAGUUAGAAGCAGAAAUAAGAGGAGCAGAAGCGAAAUACAACGAAGCCAUGGCUAAUGCUGCCAAGGAAACUGAUCCAGCCAAAAAAGCUCAAUUUAUUGCUAUUGCUCAAGGAGCCGAAAGAACCAUUAAACAAACCAAACAAAAGUUAACUCGUAAUCCCUUAUCUAAAUAUGUUGAAUACAGUAAUUUAAUGAAUUAUGUUAAUGAUUUAGAAAAGUUAAUAAAAGGGAAUGUUCCCAGUAAACCGCCGACUGUGCCUAAUCCAAUUCCGGGAGUCUCUAGUCCUGGAGGUUCCGGUGGAGGCACUAACCCUACUGGAGGAGGCAGUUCUGGUUCUAAUAAUCAACAGUCAACUAACCAGCAACAACUGUUAAUCUUUGCUGGAAUUGCUGUUCUAACUAUGACUAACCCCCAAGACCUAAAAAACAAACUCGGUGAAGCCACCGAGCAAAUCGAAGCAACCAUUACUCCUCUUUACACUAAUUUAGAACCUUGA